GUAGAUUUCAGAAAAACAUGGAAACCGGUGGUCGGAUCAGAUGUUCAGAAUAAUUUAAUUUUCUAGAAUUUUCUUCUCUUUACUACAAGUUAAAAAUAAAAUAAUCGCCGGAAAUUUGGUCUACUUAUCACUUCAUCGUUAUCUGCGGUCACUCACUUCGUUCAACGUUUGUGAUAGCUCCCUUUUGAAAGUUCCCAGUGCUCGAUACAUUUUCAAGUACCUACUUUCAUUCUAGCGUUUUCAUCGGCCGUCUGCUUGCUCGUGUUACUCCACUUUCAAAGAUGGUGAAUCAACCCCAAGAAGAAGCCAUCGAUGUCACUCCUGAACUCGAUGGUGGAGUGUUGAAAACAGUCUUGAAAGAAGGAGAAGGUGUUUCGAAACCUUCCAACGGAUGUAAAGUUAGCGUUCAUUAUGUUGGUACAUUGACCGAUGGCACUGUGUUCGACUCGAGCCGUGAAAGAAGCGAACCGUUUGAAUUCGAAUUAGGAAAAGAUCAUGUCAUCAAAGCAUGGGAUAUCGGUAUCGCUACCAUGCGUAAAGGUGAAAUCGCCAAGUUAACUUGUCAACCUCAAUAUGCUUACGGUGCUGCUGGUAGUCCACCGAAAAUUCCACCCAAUGCGACGUUAAUCUUCGAAGUCGAAAUGAUCAGUUGGAAAGCCGAAGAUCUAAGUCCGAAGAGAGACGGUGGUAUUUUACGAACAAUUAUCGAAAGCGGAGAAGGUUUUUCUAGUCCUAACGACGGUGCAACUGUCGAUAUCCAUUUGACCGGAGAAUGUAACGGUCAGGUGUUUGAAGAUCGUGACGUUAUCUUUUGUAUUGGAGAAGGUUCCGAGCAUAAUAUUUGCGAUGGCGUUGAAAGAGCUUUAGAAAAAUUCAAAAUUAAAGAAAAAUCUAAGCUUCAAAUCAAGUCAAGAUACGCUUUUGGUUCUGCUGGUAAACCAGAGCUCAACAUUCCGCCUAAUGCCGAUUUAGAAUACACUAUUACUUUGAACAAUUUCGAAAAAUUGAAAGAUUUCUGGACGUUGGACGCUCCUGAGAAACUAGCUCAAGCUUCAUUUUUCAAAGAGAAAGGUAGUCGGUACUUCAAAGACGGAAAAUACGAAUUAGCUUGUAAAUUAUACGAUAAAAUGAAUAGUUACAUCAAUAGUACUGCUGGAUUCUCUGAAGCCGAAGAAGUUUCCGUUAAAGAUCUGCAAAAAGCUAUGCAUCUAAAUUUGGCACUAUGCUAUUUAAAGCUGAACCGAAAUCUCGACGCCAGAAACGAAUGUAAUUCCGUUCUAGAAGUCGACCCAAAUAACGAAAAAGCGUUAUUCAGACGGGGCCAGAGCUACAUGAAUCUAGCCGAACCCGAACCAGCUAUCAAAGACUUCGAAACCGUACUGAAACUCGAUCCUAAGAAUUCAGCCGCCACUCGUGGUAUACAACAAUGUAAAGACUUGUUGAAAAAACAACGUUCCCAAGAAAAGAAAAUAUACGCUAAUAUGUUUGAAAAAUUCGCCAAACACGAUAAAGAAAAAGAAGAAGAAGAACGAAAACAGCAACCAGACGUGAUGAAAACCCUCGGCGAAUGGGGCGAAGACGAAAGAGAAAGAGAGCCAACAAAAUUCGAAAAAGAGAAUCCCAAUAUAUUCAUGUUAGACGGUAACGGUGAUUUUAAAAACAUGUAAAUUUUCAUUCGGAACUUUCUUUCUAAAAGAAAUUUCAUUUCUUACGUGGUAUUUUUUUACUGCCUUGUUUUUUGCACCUUUUAUAACGGUAUUGAUUUUGAAAAUUGGCUUCCUUUUAGUAUUAGUAUCGUUACUAGCGAUUAUCGUGUCAUUUCUCCCCAUUUUGUGCGUAUUUUUAUCGUUUUAUGUUUUUCAAUUUUCAUUCGAUUAUUCCGAUAUCAGUGUAUUGAUGAAAGAAUUUUCAGUGUUGGGUGAUUAUGAUUUGUUUAUUCGGGUAUUUUGCUGGGACGGUUUCUGUGUUAAGGAUAUAUAAUAGUUCAUGUUUCAUUCAUUUUUCCCUGUUUUAUAAGUUAUCAUUAUAAAAAUUGAAAAUAAACGAAUAGAUGCUUGUGUA